GAAAGCCAAGCCCUGCCGCACACAAAUCAUCCGCCUCCCGAACGACGACAUCUUCUCCCAUCAAACCAGCUCGCCGUCGCGACCAAGCCUUCAAGAUGCCGAGCCACAAGACUUUCCGCACCAAGCAAAAGCUUGCCAAAGCUCAGCGUCAGAACCGCCCCAUCCCUCAGUGGAUUCGUCUGCGCACCGGCAACACCAUCAGGUAAAUUGCGCCCUCGUCCUGCAUCAAGAAAACACAUCCCAGAAAACAUGCCAUGCCAUCGAAAAAAUGGAAUCGAAGGAGGAAGAGGAGGAAUCGACCGGACACCCGCACACGCACAAAUCACACGCCCGAAAACUCAAUCCCGCACCAUCGAAAAUAAAUCCAGCACAAUAACUGACAACCUCGUUCUUCCAAAUAGAUACAACGCUAAGCGGCGACACUGGCGCAAGACCCGUCUGGGCAUCUAA